UAGGUGUCGGCCCAAGGAAUACCAGGGUAUCCCGAGUCCAUGGAGUGCGGGCCACUCGCAGAGGCAGAGAUGCUGGCGAAGCUCGGGUUGCAAUGCACGGCCCUGAAAUGCAGAGACCGGCCUGAUCUUGACUCGGAGGUGCUGCCGAAGCUGGAGGAGAUUCUGCGUAGGAUUUCUUGUAAGGCGGAUAUGAGGAAUCCGAAGCCGUGUGCACCAGCCCACUUCAUCUGCCCCAUAACAAAGGAGGUGAUGGAUGAUCCGUAUGUGGUUGCCGAUGGACAUACCUACGAGCGCCAUGCCAUCGAAGCUUGGCUCAGGAAGUACAUGACAUCGCCGCUCACGAGGCGCAAGCUUCCUAAUUUGUCGAUAAUCCCAAAUCAUUCGCUGCGUGCGGCGAUACAACAGUGGAAGAAUUCGUCUCGGACAAAGGCUUGGAACGGGCAAUGA